AUGCUUCGCGCCUCGUCAAGCCGCUUCGUUCGGCCCGCCUUGCAGCCUCGCUCGCACAUCUGCACGCCGUUCCGUCGCUGGGAGUCGCUGAUCGCGUCGAAUCGUGUCCUGCGGUUAAGGGAGGAGGUCGGGCCUGACACCAAGGUCGACCUGAAGCAGAUCAUGGACGACUUGCGGGACCUCGAGUUGCUGGACUUGCUGGAGAACAAGAAGCCGAGGUCGGGGAAUGGCUGGAAGGACGCGGCGCGCGCACUCUAUCCUCUCUACCACAAGGUCGACACGGGCCGCCAGGCCAAGGUGUCCUUCGCCGAACUCGAAGACGCCCUUGCGCCAAUCUUCACCAUGCCCUGGGGCGUUAUACGCGAACGCCUGCUCGACGGCAAAGUCCGCGCUCUCAGCUCGCUUUCACCGGUAGACGCGGCGAAGCUCAGGUUCUUGCAGAUCUUCAAUGUCGGUCCAGCCCGCGCGCAAGCCAUCGCCGACGCAGGAUGCAGGACGUUUGACGAUGUCUUGGAUAUGGCGAAGAAGGCGGAGCCGAAGGUCAAGAUCAGCAAGUCGCAACAGGUUGGCCUGGAGUUGCGAGAGGACCUGAACCGUCUAAUCCCUCGCGAGGAGCUGGUCGAGCUCGAGAAGAAGAUCAAGAAGGCUGUUUCGGCGGCCGGUCGUGGCUUCCAGAUGGAAAUCCUCGGCUCGUAUCGCCGCGGCAGCGCUUUCUGCAGCGACGUCGACCUCGUCAUCCGGCACGAGCGGUACGCUACCAAGGAUCAGACGGACGAGGGGAAGGAGCUUCUCGGCAAGAUUGUCGACCAGCUCGUCGAGCAUGGGCUCGUCAAGCCAGAGCAUCAGCUCGCUCGCGGCGCUUCGAAGUUCAUGGGCUUCAUCCGCCUGAACGCCGGGUCGCGGUUCCGCCGUAUCGACAUCCGCCUCGUCCCGCACGCUUCGUAUCCCUACACGCUCCUCGGUGGCAGCGGCGACAGUCUUCUCAUGAAGUUCCUCCGGUGGAAGGCGAAGCGGAUGGGCUGGACGCUCAACGAGUACGGCAUGGGCAAGAAGUAUUCGGCGGUCGAUGCGAACCCAAACGGAUUCAAACCUGGCACGCUCAAGGAGGUCAAGGACGAGCAGGAGAUCUUCCAGCUGCUGAAGCUACCCUACCUCAAGCCGGAAGAGCGCGACUAUCGGAUCUGGAAGGAGAAGUAUCUCGUAGCUGGCGUCAAGGAGGUCGAGGAGCUUCACAAGAUGAACUUGUAA